AUGACGCUACUGACGAAGUCGCUACACCGAUUCAUAAGACGUUACGCAGGGCAGCAUUGGUACCAGAAGAGCCGAGUGUACCCAUAUGAAUCGGUGACACGGGCCCCUUUGUACCAAGCACACGCCCGUGCUUUCUCGGAACGUGCACGAGCAGUGGUACCCGACAGAUACAAUGAAAAGGACCAAGAAGUAGUAGACUCAAUCAAAAUGCUACUAGACAAACGUAUAGCACCCGUAGUGCAACAGGAUGGCGGAAACGUAUCAUUCGUAUCAUAUGACCCAGAAACAGGGUUCGUCUACGUACGACUCAGUGGUGCUUGCGUGGGAUGCGCACAAAGUGACGUCACCCUAAAACACAUGAUACAAGGUACACUCUGCCACUACCUGGACGAAGUAACAGCAGUAUUAAACUGCGAUGAAGACGGGUUCGUUAUCUCUAACCAAGAUGACAAUGAAUAUUAA